AUGGCUCAGGGCCAACUGUCAGUAGAUCAGCUGCUCAUUCACUUCCCAUCUGCAUAUCAGGCUAGUGAGCUCCAGGUGGGCAAGAAGGUCACCGUACAUGGCUUUCUCUCCCGACGGCGGGUCAAGCACUCAAAGUUGGUCUUUGCAGACAUAAGGACGAAGACUGGUCCUCCAGUCCAGAUCACCUCCUCGUUUGAGGAGAAAGAUAGCCCGGCGUCUCUAGUUAACAAGGCGCUGAAAUCCAUACCAUUGCACAGCCCAGUUUCGGUCACAGGGACGGUCACCAAGCUCCAUUCUCGAGAUGCAGAUGGGGCAAGGCUAGGGCCAAACGUGGAUCGCAUCGACCUGUCUCUAGACAGUAUCCAAGCACUCAACCCCUUCCCGAGAGACAUCAUCGUCUCUGAUGGUGUUCAGUUCCCGGCAUCGUCGCGCCACCUGCAGAUCAGGUUCUCAGAGAGCCUUCGAGAGAGACUAGUUUUCCGUUCCCAUGUCAGCAAACAGCUGAGGGACUCUCUUGAUCACUUGAACUUCUGUGAAUAUGAAACACCCAUCCUUUUCAAAUCCACUCCCGAGGGUGCCAGGGAGUUCAUCGUCCCAUCGCGACGGCGCGGCCUGGCCUACGCGCUGCCUCAGAGUCCUCAGCAGUACAAGCAAAUCCUCGUCGCCAGCGGAGUCGGCAACUACUAUCAGUUUGCUCGGUGUUUUCGGGAUGAAGACUUGCGAUCAGACAGACAGCCAGAGUUCACUCAGCUCGACUUGGAGAUGGCCUUCGCCACAGGCGAAGACGUAAUGCGCACAGUCGAAGCACUCAUCAAAGACUUGCUAAAGAAACUCGGCGCCGGCUACACUGUCCGGCAGGUCGGCGAUGAGCUUGUACCAUAUCCGAAGUCUGGUUCGAAUCACACUGGCGCAUCUCACUGGCAGAUAGAGGAUGCUCCUUUCCCGCGCAUCACUUAUCAAGAAGCCAUGGAGCAGUACGGCUCUGACAAGCCUGAUGUCAGGAUUCCGUGUGUUAUCCGGCGGAUCGACUCGAUAUUGCCGCGGCCUUUUGUUCAGAUGAUCUCGGAUCUCGAGGAACCAGUCGUGGAGGCAAUCAAACUUCGUCUUGAAGGGAACCCCCCAGAGAAUUGGUCCUUUAUUCGAAGCUUCAUGGACUCGCUUCCCACAUCGUUGGCUAAGAAUCCCCACGGGGCGCCGGCGGUGCUGAUGUUCGACACCAGCAAACCCAUGUGUGGGCUAUCAUCACUUGGGCACGAAGCAUUCGCCGCCCUAACAAGCGGUGGUCCCGGGUUCGAAGACUUUGCCGACCUCGAGGACGGCGAUGUCCUGGUAAUACAGGCCCGCGAGAACAAGCCAUUCCAGGGCGGCUCCACCGCCUUGGGCAACCUCCGACUCGCGGCCUACCAAGACGCGAUAUCCAAGGGCCUCGUCCCGCGCGACGACAGCUUCAACUUCCUCUGGGUGCACGGCUUCCCCCUGUUCACCCCCGACAGCGACGAGGGCCCCGGGCAGGGAGGCAGGGCGGGCUUCUCGGCGACGCACCACCCCUUCACGGCGCCCCUGACGGACGCGGACUUCGAGCUCCUCGCGAGCGACCCGCUCAAGGCCAGGGCGGACCACUACGACCUCGUCGUGAACGGGGUCGAGCUGGGCGGAGGCAGCCGGCGUAUCCACGUGGCCAAGGUGCAGGAGUACGUGAUGCGCCACAUCCUCGAGAUGCCCGACGACGGCGUGGCGCAGUUCGCGCACCUGCUCGAGGCGCUCCGGGCCGGCUGCCCGCCGCACGCCGGCUUCGCCCUGGGCUUCGACCGGCUGGUGGCGCUGCUGAGCGGGACGGGCUCGGUCAGGGACGUCAUUGUCUUCCCCAAGUCGAUGAAGGGCGAAGACCUCAUGGUUAAGAGCCCUGGUCGGAUCACGGGCGAGCAGUUGCAGACUUAUCACCUUGCCCUUCAGCCGAAGAAGUGA